CACACUCACACACUCACUCACUCUGUUCCAAACAACAACACAAUAAUAAGAUCUCCAUGUCUAUGAAAUGAUCCUCUCUUUAUCAUUGAUUUAACAAAACAAUGCUUCUCUUAGCUACUUCUUCUCUCUUUCUUCCUUCUCCUUCCAAGCUUCACCGCUACCUCAAUCCUUCUUCUUCUUCUUCUUCUUCUUCUUCUCACUUGAUUCCCUUCUCUUCUUCCCUUUCGAAAAUCAUAACCCCACUUCACUCGCACACCCCAAAACCACAACCCUCACCCCUUUUCUGUUCAUCAUCUCCUUCUCUGCAACAACAAUCUCUUUCAUUUUCUCAGAUGCAGAAUGAUAGCUUGUUGUACUCCAGAGCUUAUUGGGUCACUGAAUCCAUCAUUGCUUGGAACAUUGACAUUGUUGAAAACGGUUUUUGUUCCUUACUUGCUAGCAAGGAUGCUUCUUUCACCAUUUCAGAUAAUCAAAUUCAAGGUGAGGAUGUGAAAAUUAAGCUUCAAGAGGAUAGGUCUGGCCUUCCUGCAAAGGUGGUGGAGAAAUUCCCACAUAUUCGAGGUUACAAAGCUUUCAAAUUGCCACCGGAUUCGGAUGUCAAAUCUCUUCUUAAAUCCCAAUUAGCUGUUGCUGUUUAUGAUUCUGAUGAGAAAUGCAGGAACUGUACUGGUUUGCAGUUACCUGGUGUCUUAGAUGAGCUUUUCUCGUAUAACGGUCCGCUUGGUGCGCUUUACUCAGAUGAAGCUGUGUCACUUUCCUUAUGGGCACCUACUGCUCAAGCAGUAAAUGCUCAUAUCUAUAAGUAUCCAUCAGGAGAUGAUCCGAUAGAAGUUGUUUGCCUUGAAGAGGAAGAUGGUGUCUGGAGAAUAAAAGGACCAAAAAGUUGGGAAGGUUGUUAUUAUGUUUAUGAAGUAUGUGUUUACCAUCCUAGCACCUUACGGGUUGAAAAAUGCUAUGCAAAUGAUCCAUAUGCUAGAGGACUUUCAGCAGAUGGCAGACGAACUUUUCUAAUUAAUAUUGACUCUGAUGAAUUAAAACCGGAUGGAUGGGAUAAUCUGGCAGAUGAGAAACCUGUUCUACAUUCUUUCUCUGAUAUAAGCAUAUAUGAAAUGCAUAUAAGGGAUUUCAGCGCCAAUGACCUCUCCGUGGAACCUGAAUUUCGUGGUGGUUAUCUGGCCUUUACAUUGCUGGAUUCAGCCGGGGUACUUCAUCUAAAGAAGUUGUCUAGUGCUGGUAUCACCCAUGUCCAUUUGUUGCCAACUUUCCAGUUUGCCGGUGUCGAUGAUCAAAAGGAGAACUGGAGAUAUGUAGAUACCUUGGUACUGGAAAGUUUUCCACCCGAUUCAGAUCAGCAACAAGCUCUUAUUACAGCCAUCAAAGACCUCGAUGGAUUUAACUGGGGGUACAACCCUGUUCUUUGGGGUGUUCCGAAAGGAAGUUAUGCAAGCAACCCGAAUGGCCCCUACCGUACAACCGAGUUCCGUAAGAUGGUUCAGGCUCUUAAUCAUAUUGGCCUUCGCGUUGUGUUGGAUGUUGUCUACAAUCAUUUGCAAGGAAGUGGACCGUUUGAUGAACAUUCUGUCCUUGAUAAGAUUGUCCCUGGUUACUAUUUAAGGAGGAAUGCUAAUGGUUUAGUCGAGCACAGUACUUGUAUGAAUAACACUGCUAGUGAGCAUUUUAUGGUUGAGCGUUUGAUUGUAGAUGAUCUUGUACAUUGGGCAGUUAACUACAAGGUUGAUGGUUUCAGAUUUGACUUGAUGGGUCAUAUAAUGAAGAGCACAAUGGUGAAAGCAAAAGAUGCUCUGCUUAGCUUAACAAAACAAAAGGAUGGAGUUGAUGGUUCAAGCAUCUACAUAUAUGGUGAAGGAUGGGACUUUGGUGAAGUUGCCAAAAAUGGACGUGGGAUAAAUGCGUCUCAAUUCAAUCUCUCUCAAACCGGAAUUGGGAGCUUUAAUGAUCGAAUUCGCGAUGCUGUUCUUGGUGGGUCUCCAUUUGGUCACCCUCUUCAACAGGGUUUUGCAACUGGGCUACUCUUGCAGCCUAAUGGUCAUGAUCAUGGAACACAAAAAAAUAUGGAAUCUAUGCUUGCUACAUCAAAGGAUCAUAUCCAGAUCGGAAUGGCAGCAAACCUGCGAGAUUUCAUGCUAACAAAUUCUGAUGGAAAAGAGGUUAAAGGGUCUGAAAUAUUAACGCAUGAUGGGUCACCUGUUGCAUAUGGCUCAUCCCCAGUAGAGACUAUCAAUUAUGUUUCUGCGCAUGACAACGAGACCUUAUUCGACAUAGUGAGCUUAAAGACUCCAAUGGACAUCACUGUAGCUGAUAGAUGCAGGAUAAAUCAUUUGGCAACAAGUAUUAUAGCACUUUCACAGGGUAUACCAUUUUUUCACGCUGGAGAUGAGAUACUGCGCUCAAAAUCGCUGGAUCGGGACUCGUACAAUUCUGGGGAUUGGUUCAACAGGCUUGACUUCACAUGCAAUUCUAAUAAUUGGGGUGUUGGACUUCCUCCACAGGAGAAAAAUGAAAAGAACUGGCCACUAAUCAAACCAAGACUUGCAGACCCAUCCUUCAGGCCUCAGAAGGAUGACAUACUUGCUGCUGUGGAAAAUUUCUUAAACCUUAUGCGUAUAAGGUACUCUUCGCCACUUUUCCGGCUCAGGACAGCAAAUGCAAUUCAGCAACGAGUACGCUUUCUUAAUACUGGACCAUCAUGGGUUCGUGGAGUUAUAGCAAUGAGCAUUGAAGAUGGCCAUGAAGGCUUUCCUGGGUUGCCUCAGCUGGAUCCCAUAUAUUCGUCCAUUGUUGUUGUUGUCAAUGCAAGUCCAAAAGGUGUAUCAUUUGUUUGCCCUUCCCUUCAAUCCAGGAGUUUUGAGUUGCAUCCCAUACAGGCAAUGUCAUCUGAUGAUCUUGUUAGGAGCUCAACAUACGAGGCGCCAUCUGGUUGUUUUCUUGUGCCUCAAAGAACAACAGCUGUGUUUGUAGAGCCAAGAAAAAACUGAUUUGUGGAAUGACAAUAUUCUAUAUUGACAGUUAUGUAUACUAAAUUUUCCUGAAAUUAAACAUCAAUAAACGUCUAAUUAUAUUUAAAACAAUAAUAUUAUG